UGUAUAUUUAGGUUUCGAUUGGAAAACAAAAAUAUUUUUCAUUGUUUAACUAAUUUCUCUAAUUGAUUUGGAUUCAUAAAUAAUGGGCUCACGCGUAUACAUUUGAAUAUGUAUUUCUGCUGGGUUCUUGAGUCUUGUGGGGUUUUAGAAUUAACGAAGAAAUAUUAAAUCUUGAUAAGUUUUCAAGAAGCUGAGAAAAGUUCCAUCAAGGCGGCGAAAGAAUGACUUUAUCUAUCUUUCUGAUAUAGAGUUUUGAUUUUUGGAAGUUUUUAGUUUUCGAAUUUGAUGGUUUUGUGACACAUUUGUCAUAAUCUUGACUUAGAUUCUUGACAUGGAAGAAUAAAACUAGUUGAAGAGGUUUAUUGUGCAAAUUACUUGAUCUUUUGAAGUUAUUGCAAGUCUUCUAAUGAUGAUUUGAUUAUGCCGAAGCAAAGGGAUUUUCAUGUUAAUGGGGAGCUUCAUGAUGGAAGAGAGGCAAUUAGAUUUCAACCGCCCGCUAAUAUCCGUUAGACGGCCUGCACAAACUUCAGAAUCUGAGAGCAAAACAAGAUCUUUUGAUGCAGCAAAUAGCAAGAUUCCUCCUUCUCCACCGGUUUACAAGUCUGAUAUCAAGUCAGGUCCUGUGAGAAAUCCAGGAACUGUUCCUUUUCAAUGGGAACAUAAGCCGGGAAAGCCGAAAGACGAAAGGAAACCGGUUUUACAAAGUUUUGUAGAGCCACAUUUUGUGCCAAAGCUUCCUCCUGGUAGAGAGCGAGUAGAGUUAGUGAGGAAACCUGAAACUAGAGCUGAUCACCAGACCAAAACUGUAUCGUCUUCGGAUAAAUAUCUUGUGGAGGAGGCAAAGAGUUAUAGUUCUCGGUAUGAUGAUGAUGAUGAUAGUGAUGGUACUUAUCUUGAUGCAACUGAUACACUUUCAAGAUCUGAGUCAUUCUUUUUCAACUGUAGUGCUGUUAGUGGUGUGAGCGGUUUGGAUGGUUCCGGGAUACUAGUAGAGCCAUUUGGAACUUUAUCGAGUGAUCGACAAACUCAGGAUCUAAUGAUGGGGAGAUUCUUGCCUGCAGCUAAAGCAUUGACUUCAGAAACACCUCCACAUCUUACUAGGAAACCGCCUAAACCAGAAGAACCGACUAAGCAGUUGAUGAAGAAGGUAGUACUGGUAAAGGAGAAACAGAACAAAGUUGAGCAAAAUCCGUAUCGGUUUCAUCAUUCAUCUGAUCAAGAAGAGGAAGAUGAAAAUACAAGCAGCAUGGGUUCUAGUAUUUGUGGAUUAGUCCCUCAGAUAUGCUUGAGAAGCUCUUUAGGACUAUUGAAUCCGGUUCCAUCUGUGAGAAUGCAAGCACAAAGAGCUGUUUCUGUUCGUCGUAUGCGUUCUAAGUAUCAAGAUUCUACACCUUGUAAUGAAAUUCAGGACAAGAAAACCUAUGAAACUGUGAAUGAAGAUAAGAGGAAGUUGAAGCUAAAUGGAUCAGUUGCACAAGUGCAUUCUCAAGAUGAGUCAUUAUCAGUAUCUUCUAUUCCACAAGGAAAGGAAAAACUCGAGAGCUUCUGCACCGCUUCACGCACUAAAACCAGCAAAAACUUUGGUGAGCUCUUGGCUAGUGAUGAUAAUACAUGGGAACCUUCGUCUGAGACUCUUGUGGCAGAGAAAACUCUGUAUGUAGACACCGUGCAUUCAGUAGAUAAGAAGGUACAAGAAGAGUCCAAGAAGCAAUCUUUAUCAAAAGACUAUCCUUCACUAGACAUUGUUCCUGUUAAAGAUGAAGAAGCUGCUAUCUCGCAGCCUAAAAGCAUUGAGCAAAUGAAUGGUAACAGAGAUGAGGAUUUCACUAAAUUCUCUAGUCAGAAAGUUGAAGAAUGUCCUGAUCAAGCUACUGUUGCACUGCCAGAAUCCAAUGUGGUAGAGAUUACAAAGGAGAAGAAGAUUGAUCUUGAAGUCCAGUUGCAGGGAAUCACAACAAAUCUUGAAAGCUCAAGGCUUCAUCAUCGUUCAUCUUAUCACAUUGUUCCUCCACCACCAUUACCAAAAGCUCCUUCAGAUUCUUGGUUAAAGCGUACAUUACCAACAAUACCAUCAAAGAACAACUCAUUCGCAUGGUUACAGUCUCUUGGCACUGAUGAUAAUCACUUCACCAAGACUCAAGCUAAUCCCAAGUGGGAAACUAUGGUCAAAACGUCCAAUACACAACAAGGUUUUGUGUGCUUCUCCAAGGAAACACUAAACUCUAUACCAGAGUCAUAGCAAGACCAAAACAAAUUCUCACUUGAAAUAAUGAAGAAGGUGUAAAUUUUUCACACCAAAUUACAUGUAAAUUUCAACAAUUAAUAAAGAAGGGAUGGGCCAACAAAGUUUGGGUUCUUUGUCUUUAGUUAUUUGUGUAAAUCUGAAUCAAAAGAUUCCAUAAUAAAGAGAAAGCUAUGGAGAUAAUUGUCUUAAAUAUUGUCUGUCAUUUAUGGAGAGGUUUCUUGUUGAAGUGAUGUACAGCUCAUGUUAACA